AGGCGAGGGGAGCCCAGUCUUAGUUUUAACUUCCACGAUAGGUUCCCACCGGCAGCAGAAAAGCAGGCGGCGGGAAAAAGAAGGGAAACCCCCCACCACCACCUCCUCUUCUGAAAAAAUGAAGUCAUCGCUCGCCUCUUCUCUCUUUCUCUGAAGACGAAGUGCCGGUGGGGAACAGAGCGGAGCUUCUUGAAUAAGAGUCGCUGGGGCGGACGAAUCGGGAACCAUUAGAGGUUACUUGCGUCGCACCUCCGAGGAUACGUAAAUAUAUAUCAUGACGAACGAGGCGAUGGAGGACCCCGGCAUCAGCAGCAGGGAGAGGUACACAUGCUGCACCCACUUCUGCAACGGGCCCAACCCCUUCAUCGCUCGGUACGUCUACUCCCUCCUCUUCCUCCUAGCCAGCCUCCUGGCCUGGGCCAUUCGAGACUACGGCCGCUCUGCCAUCUCCGAGUUCCAGCGAUUAAAAGGCUGCCAUGGUGCUCGUUACUGCUUGGGAGCAGAAGGUGUGCUCCGCAUUAGUCUUGGCUGCUCCUUAUUCUUCUUUGUCAUGUUUCUCUCGACGGCUGGCACGAAGAAGUUGGACGAUCCCCGGAAUUCAUGGCACUCCGAGUGGUGGCCUGCCAAGAUCAUCAUGUGGAUGGUUUUCAUGGCAGUGCCAUUCUUCAUACCUUCUGCAUUUAUCCAGCUCUACGGGAAGGUUGCACACUUUGGUGCCGGGGUAUUUCUCCUGAUUCAACUUGUCAGUGUGAUCAGUUUCAUUACGUGGUUGAAUGACUGUUGCCGGUCUGAGAUAAAUGCACAAAGAUGCCCCCUUCAAGUGCUGAUACUCUCCAUUGCUGCGUAUGUUGCUUCCAUUUUGGGGAUUGUCUUAAUGUAUGUGUGGUACGCACCAAAGCCAACUUGUAGGCUUAACAUCCUCUUUAUCACUUUGACCCUCGUGCUUCUACAAUUCAUGACCUUUGUCUCAGUGCACUUGAAGGUGAAAGGAUUCCUGUCACCUGGGCUGAUGGGAAUGUAUAUUGUGUUUCUUUGCUGGAGUGCAAUCAGGAGCGAGCCACAGACCGAGGUUUGCAACCAACAAGCACAAGCUGCAACAAGUGCAGACUGGCUCACAAUCACGAGCUUUGUUAUUGCUGUACUUGUCAUAGUCAUGGCAACAUUUUCAACCGGAAUAAAUUCGAAAUGCUUUCAGUUCAAGAGGACUCGAGCAGAAACAGAAGAUGAUGUUCCAUACGGGUAUGGAUUUUUCCAUUUUGUUUUUGCUAUGGGGGGAAUGUACUUUGCAAUGUUGUUCAUUGGCUGGAAUGCACAUCAAACCAUGCAAAAAUGGACAAUAGAUGUUGGAUGGGCCAGUACUUGGGUCAGAAUUGUGAAUGAGUGGCUAGCAACACUUAUUUAUGUUAUAUACGUUUGGAAGAGCAGAAGGCGAGUAGAAUCCACAUGAAUAUGAAGAAAAGAUUCAUCUCGUGUACAGAAAAUACCAAUUCAUUGUACAGCAUUCCAUAAUCGAACAGUUCAAUUCUCACUGACAGUACAGAUCAGUGGAAGAAUGUCAUUAGCAAUUUCAAAGUAUGUUGCCACCCCAUGAUUUCUAAAGAAGAGCAUCUUGAUCAAGCAAAAGCUCGUGAUGCAAAAUUUUCCUCAUUUCUUUACCAAUAUUUGAUUGA